AUGUCUACUAUGCUCGCUGCUGUCUACACCCCUGGCAAUGAUCAACUUAAUCUUGUGCCUGAUUUCCCUAUUCCUGAGCCCGCUACCAACGAGGUUCUGUUGAAGAUCAAGGCAUGCGGCGUCUGUCACAGUGAUGUGUUCGUCCUCACGGAUGCCACAGAUACCCGGACUUAUGUCAUGGGUCAUGAAGCGGCCGGAGAAGCUGUGAAGCUGGGCAGCUCGGUCGCCUCAGAGAAGAUCAAGCUCGGUCAACUGUACGCCAUUUGGGUGAGAUUCACCGGAUGCGUGCCCCCUCCGGUGGGGACCCCGCCCGACGCCGUGCCUGCUUUUGGCUUGGGCAUCAACGGCGCAUAUGCAGACUACGCCGUCGUUCCUGCGUCUCAGCUCGUUCCCGUUCCGGAUGGCGUACCUCCCGAGAUCGCGGCGGUCUGCGCGGACGCGGUUAUCACGCCAUACCAUGCGGUUCAUACCACUGCGAACAUCCAGCCCGGUCAGACCGUGCUUAUAUUCGGGAUCGGCGGCCUCGGCCUGAAUGCAGUGCAGAUCGCGAAACACUUCGGGGCCAAGGUGUUUGCGGUUGACAUCCGUCCGGAAAGCCGUGCCCUAGCGAAGGAGUUUGGAGCCGACGAGGCGUUCAGUACCAUCGAGCUCGCGAACGAAUUAGCUAAGGGCUUCUUCGUGGACACCGUCAUCGACUUCGUCGCUUCAGAGAAUAGCUUUGACCAAGGUAUCCAGGCAACCAGCGCGACUUUCGGUCAGACGCUUGGAGCAAAGAGUGGCACGAUCGUGUUGGUUGGCAUUAGCAGAGACGACCAGAAGGUUAGCUCCGUCGACUUGGUGACUGGUCAUGUGUCUGUGAUUCCAUCCUUGUACGGCACGAUCGAUGACUUGAAGGAAGUCCUCGACCUUGUUUCUCAGGGUGUAAUCAAGCCCCAAGUUCAGACGGCUCCGCUCAAGGAGGUCAACAAGGUUCUCCAUGAGCUGCGGGCGGAGAAUUCCGACUCCCCCGAAGCGUAA